CUUUUCGCAUCUUUUUCCGUGGGAGCUGUGUUCGAUUCACGUACCCUUUUUUCUGGAGUGGAAUUUAGGCGGCGAGUAAAGUAAAACCCAGAUGGUAUAAAUUGCGUCCCCGGGCGGGCCUUUCUAGGGUUUGCGUCACCGUGUUGUCCUCCUCCCUCUCUCUCUCUCUCUCUCUCUCUCUGUCCUCCCACCACCAGCCUGAAGCCGAGCGUGCGCUUUUUUGCUUGAAGAUAUAAAGAGGGGUUCGAGAAAGUUGGGAUUUUGGCGUUGAUUUUUGGGUUGGCAUCGGAAGACCCAAGAAGGGUAAUCUCCUGAACGAGGGGUCGCCCGCAAUCUGGCUUGAAAAAGGCCAGGAUCCUGUGGAUGUUUGGAAUUUGAAUUUAUAGCUGCUCAGAUUGCUUUUCACUCUGGCCGCUGCUGCAAGAUUGAAGGCUUCUCCCACCUUUGUGAGGGUGUGGGGUAGUAAUGAGAGAGCAACUUUGCUUUGUGUGUUGAGACGAUCAAGAUCAUCAUAUGCUUGGAGACUAUGCCGUGUUUCUGAAGGCUUGUUUCUUGAUUACGGUUAAAGCCAUUGCUGACUAAUCUGAACUUCGAUGGUAGCUUCUUAUCACAUUGUUGGGGAAGUCCGUUUUUUCUUUUCUUGGGCAGAAUAAAUUGCCAUAUAUAGCUUUUGAUGUGAUACAAAGUAGAUUGUGUGUGGAUGUAGCUCUGCUCAGUAUUAGCACGAUGGUUCGAUUUUCCUGCUUCAAUGGUCACAUGUAUGGUCACAAACCAAAGAAAUCAGCACAUCCACCUGUUGAAGCAGUUAGUGAGUUUCAGGGUUCUUCUGAAUUUCAGGCUUCGGAGAAUGCCAUGAGCCCAAAUUCAUUGCUUUCAGAAUUGCAUGGAGAUGGUGAGAUGAACAAAAUUGUGGACAAGGUUGCAGAUUCUCUAUCCAUUGGACGAGGUUGGAAAUCAGAAGAAAUGGGGAGUAAAGUUGAUAAUAUGGAGAUUGAUACAAGGGAUCUAAACACCGGCCAUCUCAAGAAAAUUCAAUCUCUUGCAAGUAAUUUGCAUGGAUUCUCAUUUGACCACUGUAGCAGGUCAGUUACGGAGGACGUCAGCGAUGAAUUGGGCUUUAUGCCAUUUGGUGAAUAUCGUAAGAAUGGACCCUUUGAUACAUGUCAAGUGCCUAACCAUAACAAGAAAUCAAUUUUUUCAAUUGGAGAUUCACAAAGUACUGAGAAAGGGGUCCUAGAAAAUUCUGAAGCCCAAUAUUGUGGAGAAAAUGCGGGUGACUCUGGGGAUCACACACCUCAUACUUCUCCAGAGUUAGUUAGACCCCAAUCGAUGCCCAACAUUGGUGGUUGGUCUCCUAAGUCAGGUGAACAUCCGAAGGAGCACUUGGGACUCAGAACAAAAUCUUCUGGGGACCUGUUCGAUCUCAGCACGAGCCAAAUAGGGCCAUCCAUUCCUGAGCUUAAAGAUCAGUUCUCCCCUCAAGAAGAAAGAGAUGUCAAUGUGUGCAAAGGUAAAAAUAUUAUCUAUGAAGAUGCUGUUGGUAAUGAUUAUCAUGAUUAUGAUUAUGCUGGUUCAGCCCAAGGGGGGAUUACUCCUAUUUUUGAUGAGAACUUCUUGAAACCCCAUAGAGGGGAAAGCUCAUCUCAACAACAGUAUGAUUUACCAAACAAGGAUUUUAAGACCAAGCGGAUUGAGGAGUGGGUCACAGAUCUCCAGCCUUGCAGCCCUUCGGAAGAAGUGGAGGAGCCAUACCGGCCAAAUGAUCAGAACAAGAGAGAAUACCCUGUUUUGAAUGGUCUGACGACAGCAAAAGUUGAGCCUAAGGUGAGUCUUGGAAACGAAGCUGCUAAGAGAUACAUUUCAUCCCUGAGUGCCUCAGCAACUACAGCUCAGCUGGCGAACCAUGGUUUGGUGGUGAUCCCGUUUCUUAGUGCAUUCACGAGCUUGAAGAUGCUUAAUCUGUUGGGAAACAACAUAGUGAGGAUUAUAGCUGGUGCUCUUCCUCGGGGACUUCAUAUGUUAAAUCUGUCAAAAAACCAGAUUUCCACUAUUGAAGGCUUACGUGAAUUGACUCGAUUGCGUGUACUGGACUUGAGCUACAACAGGAUAGUCAGAAUUGGACAUGGCCUAGCUUCUUGUUCAUCGCUGAAGGAGCUAUAUUUGUCUGGGAAUAAGAUCAGUGAAGUCGAGGGUCUUCACCGCCUUCUGAAACUGAAUGUUUUGGAUCUCCGUGCCAACAAGAUCUCCACAGCAAAAUGUUUAGGCCAGCUUGCAGCAAACUACAAUUCCUUGCAAGCUGUUAGCCUGGAAGGGAAUCCAGCCCAGAAGAAUGUGGGAGACGACCAGCUUAAGAAGUAUCUGCAGGGCCUUCUUCCUCACCUGGCAUAUUACAACCGACAACUCAUAAAAGUGGGUACACUGAAGGACGCCGCCGAUCGAUCAGUUCGGCUGGGGGCUAGUUCCCAUCAAUUCGAUCGCAGUGGCCUUAGAUCAGAACACAAAUCGACAAGGAAGGGUGGUUAUGGGCUGGUUAGCAAGCCAUCAUCUGGUCGGAGAAGUCAAGCGCCUGUUUCUCCUAAACAUUCUAAGGGGAAGCAUGCACGCCUUCCCCCGAGUGGAACCAAGGGAGCAACUCAUCACCAGCACUACAAUUUGGACUUCAGUGACAAACUCCGCAACAUGAAGCAGGAUCUUGCAAUUCGUAGAAGUCGAAGUGAAGGUACUUUGGGAGUGCUUUGAGAUGAAUUUGGUGCAUUUCUCUAUAUUAAGUCAUAUGGUACGUUUGCAAGGGCGACUCCUUUUCUAUGUCCUAAGGAUCAUUUAUUUUGAGGCUUUAUAAUUAUAAAUGUUCAAUAAA